AUGGAGACCAAGCUGCCCCCCGCUGGCACCCCCACCAGCCCCUCAUCCCCAGGGAUGUCGCCCGUCCCCCCGCCUGAUAAAGUGGACGGUUUCUCCCGGCGCUCCCUGCGCCGCUCCCGUCAGCGCCGCUCUCACAGCUCGUCCCAAUUCCGGUACCAGAGCAACCAACAGGAGCUGACACCCCUGCCCUUGCUGAAAGAUGUGGCCGUGGCGGAGCUGCAUGAGCUGCUGUGCAAGAAGCUCCAGCAGUGCUGUGUGCUCUUUGACUUUCUGGACUGCGUGGCCGACCUCAAGGGCAAGGAGAUCAAGCGGGCGGCGCUCAACGAGCUGGUGGAGUGUGUGGCCACCAACCGCGGCGUCCUCAUCGAGCCCGUCUACCCCGAGAUCAUCAAGAUGAUCUCAGUCAACAUCUUCCGGACUCUCCCACCCACUGAGAACCCUGAGUUUGACCCUGAAGAGGACGAGCCCAACCUGGAGCCCUCCUGGCCCCAUCUCCAGCUGGUCUACGAGUUCUUCCUCCGCUUCCUGGAAAGCCCUGACUUCCAGCCCUCUGUGGCCAAGCGCUACGUCGACCAGAAAUUCGUGCUGCUGCUGCUGGAGCUGUUUGACAGUGAGGACCCACGGGAGCGGGAGUACCUCAAGACCAUCCUGCACCGGGUCUAUGGCAAGUUCUUGGGGCUGCGUGCCUACAUCCGCAAGCAGUGCAACAACAUCUUCCUCCGGUUUAUCUACGAGACGGAGCAUUUCAAUGGUGUGGCCGAGCUACUGGAAAUCCUGGGCAGCAUCAUCAAUGGCUUCGCCCUGCCCCUGAAGACGGAGCACAAGCACUUCCUGGUGCGGGUGCUGAUCCCGCUGCACUCAGUCAAAUCCCUCUCCAUCUUCCAUGCCCAGCUGGCGUACUGCGUGGUGCAAUUCCUGGAGAAAGAUGCCACCCUGACAGAGCAUGUGAUCCGGGGACUGCUGAAAUACUGGCCGAAGACCUGCACUCAGAAAGAGGUGAUGUUCCUGGGGGAGAUUGAGGAGAUCCUGGAUGUGAUUGAGCCCUCACAGUUUGUCAAGGUGCAGGAGCCGCUCUUCAAACAAAUCGCACGCUGCAUCUCCAGCCCCCACUUCCAGGUGGCAGAGCGGGCUCUGUACUUCUGGAACAACGAAUAUAUUCUCAGUCUGAUUGAGGACAAUUGCCACACGGUGCUGCCUGCCAUCUUCGGCACCCUCUAUCGGGUCUCCAAGGAGCACUGGAACCAGACAAUAGUCUCCCUGGUCUACAACGUGCUCAAGACCUUCAUGGAGAUGAAUGGGAAACUCUUUGAUGAACUCACAGCCUCCUACAAGGUGGAGAAGCAGCAGGAGCUGAAGAAGGAAAAAGAGCGCCAGGAGCUCUGGAAGCAGCUGGAUGAGUUGCAGCUGAAGAAGCUGCAGGGUCUGGAGGAGGCGCAAAUGAACCGGCUCAAUCUCCAGCACAGCCUGGGCUUGCAGAGUGGCAACAAGAGUUAG